AUGUUGGUUUCAGGGAUUCUGAGGAUCACUUUGCUCUCUUGCCUCGUCCUCUCCGUGGCUCUGUUUUUGCCCAAACUGUUUUUAUCUGCAGGGAAGGAGAAGGUGGUUCUUCAGUCAGAGGGUGGUAGAGCGUCUGUGUGUCUGUGUGUGUGUCUGUGUGUGUGUGUUUCAGCAGUUGGUCCAGGAAGCCUUCCUGCUUUAAGAUAUGGCCAUGGUGCAGCUCCAGGAGAUGAUCAGUGGACACCUGGAUCACUUUAUACAAGAAGUCAGACCCCUCAGACCUUCUCCCCGACGAAGACUUCUCGGAAAUCUUCACUCCUCGCUCAAAUCACUCCGAUUUACGGCUUCGGAAUUUUCCUCUACAUCGUCUACAUCUUCUAUAAACUUACACGUGAAGACCGAGCUACAAACCAAACUUCUGGAUCCUCCACCGCGGUCCCCGAACACACAGCACAGGAAACACAGCUCACAGAGGACCAGGACGAGGGAAGAGGGACGAUGUGUGUAUACUGUAUAUCUCAGGAGGUUGCUCUGAUCUUCAUGUAUUUUCCUGGUCACAGGUUUCGUAACUACAGAAGUGGACGAGAGACGAGAAAACUCCAGCGUCUGAGGAAGAUCACACACAUGUUGGUGGAGGGACGGCCGCUGGAAGACGUCACUCCUGAGGUGGAAGCUGAGGAAACCCCGUAUUCUGCAGACUGGGAGGGAUAUCCAGAAGAGACUUUUCCUCGGUAUGAGGUGCCACUUUGCAGACGUCGAUACCCAAGUGUCAUCUUGGAGGAGCCAUACGGAGAUGUUCCUUCACCUGAGGAACUGGCUGAAAGAAUAGAGAGAGAGGAUGAGGAGGAUGAAAAGAAUGAAGAAGAGACAGAAGAAGUGAAGGACGAGUCCAGUGAAGAUGAAGAUGGUCCUAAAGGGAUGAAGGGUGAUGGUGAACUCAAACAGACACACAUCAGAAAAGGAGAAGAAACAGAUGAUAAUGAAGAUGAUGCUGAUGAAGAAGAUUAUAAACAGGAUGAAGAGGAAGAGGAGGAAGUUGGUGAAGACCAACCAUGUCUGGCUGAUAAUUCUACUGAUGAAGAGGAGACACCAAAUUCGGCAGGAAAUCAGAACGAAGGAGAAACAUCCAGCAGGAGAAGACAGAUAACGUUCAGUAAUCACAGGCACAUCUUCCACUACCCAAAAGGAGGCGCUGUUGGCUGCAGUUAUGAAGAUGAGGAGGUGGAGGAAGACGCUCCUGAAGAUGAUAGUGAUGGUGGUGAUGAUGAUGUGGAGGAAGAUAAGUGGGAUGAAGGUGAUGAUCUAAAUAAGGUGGAGAUGGAGGAGGACAACCCACUGAUGGAGGCCGAGCGUCUGGACUUCAGUACUCAGUUCACACGUGAUCCUGAAGACCAGGAAGUCGAUCUGAUCGACUUCCUUCUCACAUAUAAACCUGAAGCUGUGAUGAACUCUGAACAAUCAGGAGAAGCUCCAGGGCUCAGGAUGCGCUGCAAGAACAUGAACAAAGGAGAACCAACCUGAUCUUCCAACAGUGUCCAGAAAUAACUCAUCAUUAUUUAUUUCAUCCAGACUCUGAUAAUCAUUUACUUUCACUGUAGCGUCAGAGAGUGUUUGUUUGUUUGUUUGUUUGUUUGUUUGUUUGUUUGUUUGUCCAGGAGUUUUUCACUAUGAUUAUGUUGGAAGGUGUGAGGUGUCAGAGACAGAUGCAAGUGCAGGUGAACUUUAUAUAAAACAGGAAGACAAUCUAAAUCACAAAACUAAGGCGUGGUCAUAAACAGGUGUGGGUUAGGCGUGGUUCGGGCGUGUCUCGGGUAAUCUACAAACAAACUCUAAACCAGAGUCGUAGAAUCCGUAAAGUCAGCUGUAUACGUGAGGUGAACGUAAGUCACAGUGGGUAAGGACGUCUGCUGAAUGAAAUAAACUCUGUGUGACAUGUUGAAGGAAUAAUGACAUAAAUGAUGUCGUGUACAAAGUUAUUUCUACAUACUGUAUCUCUCAUCAUUAACAGCAGAAACAAUCUGUGCACAUUUAAUACCUGCCCUUCAGUCGUGUUCAUCUUAAAUUAAUAAUUAUUCAUAAAAGAAUGUGUUUGCAUUGACUCCGCCUACUAUUUGGGUAAAAACAUUCCAAAUGAC